UCUGUUCGGACACAAAGACAAUCUCGCUCCCUAGUGAGCUUAACUAAACGGAUAUUUAACUGCCAUCCUAUCGAGACACCGGCUCUUAACAGCUCUACCAACCUGCUGCUACAAUAUGUGUAAAGGACUAGCAUCGCUGCCUACCAGCUGCUUGGAAAGAGCGAAGGAGCUGAAAGCAAGGCUGGGAAGCAUUUUGCAAAAAUCCAAUUGGAAUCUAUCCUGCUGCAAAAUGGGCCAAAAUAAGCCAACCCUGGAAGAAUGCCUAAAGUGGAAGGAGUCCUUUGAAAAGCUCUUGUCCAGCAAAUAUGGACUGUGUGCCUUCACAGCUUUCCUGGUGUCUGAGUUCAGCGAGGAGAACAUUUCGUUCUACUUUGCCUGUGAAGAGUACAGAAAUACCAAGUCUACCGCCAAACUACAAGCCAAAGCCCAGAAGAUCUAUGAUGAAUUCAUCGGCAGCGAAGCUCCACGGGAGGUUAACAUUGACCACGAAACUCGUGACAUCACCAAAGCCAACAUUCUGGUGCCGUCACCUGAUUGCUUCGAACCGGCCCAGCACAAGAUCUACAUGCUCAUGGCCAAAGACUGCUACCCUCGCUUCCUCCGCUCUCCAGUCUACAGGGAUCUAGUGUGCCAAGCCAAACCAAGCGCCAAGGCCACCGAGAAACCCCAGCAAGAGAGGAUGGUGUGAACUCUCUCCAUGAGCCGAUGGAGUGUCGUUAGUGGUUCACCUUAAGGGUUGAGAAAGCAAGGCAUGACGUUAGGUGCUGCAUCAUGAAACUGGACUCAGGUGCAGACGCGUCGGAUCGUCACAAGAGCCGCCAUGGACGGGCGUGUUCUGUAGACGCAGAAUAUUAAAGAGAAAAGGAAAACGGCGGGGACAUUUGAGGUUGAUCCCUUAAGUUGACUGUUUUGCGUGAACACGGAUGAAGUUUGGACUUCAAAGUCGAGUGACUGUAUGACAGACUGAGUGACAAUCAGACAGGAGGGAAGGAGAAAAGCACUUUUAUUUGCCAUAAGCAAAUGUUUGUGUUUGUGAUGUGCAAUGUAUCUCAGUCAAAGUUUUGCACUGUUUGAGAACGGACCUCUAAGGUACUUUAUGAUUUUGUAUUUAUUUGUAUUUAUUUGCCAGUUAUAUAUUUCUUGCCUUUUUACCUAACACAGAUGAAAAGAAUUUGCAAUUUCAUUUAUAUUAUAAUAUUUAUAUCAAUAUAUGUUGUCUUUCUUUACGUACAAGCAAAUAAACUAAAUUAUUUGAAAAAAAAUGUUCAAAUGGG